ACGCCUGUAACACUCGAUUUGUUCAUCUAUCUCGUCAAUCUGUCGCUCGAGGCGGCCCUCCUCGUCGUCCUCCGCCACGAUGGCUUCUGACUUGGUGUUCACCUGUCGUAUCACCUUCUGAAACUCGUCCCACUCCUUGUCCAUGUGAUCUUUGGGCGCGUCGACGUUGCGCACUUUGGCGUCUCUCACGGGGUCGUCGAAGAAGCCCUCCGGCAGGGCCUCGGCGGUGUUGUCCUUCUUCUCCGCGCUCUUCUCCUGCAGGUCCGCUUUCAGGAUGGAUCCCGAGUGAGAGAUGGCGGGCGUGGACGGGAUGGAGCUGUCAAAGAAGUCAUCGGGUAGUCCUCCAGCUUCAGUCUCUUGAGGAGCGGGGUCUGUGGCUCCUGCGGGACCUUCCAUCUCCGCAUCUUUCUCAUCAUCGUCGCCAUCAUCAUAAACUCCAGCCAACAGACUCAGACUGGCGGACGUUUCAGUAGAAACAGUUCCCUUUUUGUUGGGUUUCUCAAAGAAAUCUCCCGGAAGCCCUGAAGACGAAGCAGACUGACCCGCACCCGACGAGGGCUUCACUCUUUUCCCGUUCGCGUCCACGUUGUCCUUUGCUUUCCUCUUCACCGGUUGAAUGUGUGGUGUCACUGGUUGAAUCUUUCCUCCCUUCAGCUCGGCAACUUUCUCUUUAUGCUGUUUUCCGAGAACAUGCGCCGGCCACAGUAGCUCGGACUUAACGUGCACAUUGCACAGCACACAGCUGAGGUGCUCGAGACUGUUGUAUUUAGCAAAAGGAGACUCCACGCGCUUCUUGUCCGUUGUUUGUCUUUGCUUUGCCCUCAUCAUGCGCCGGAGUUCCUCCUGGUUCACUAUUUUCUUCCCCUUCUUUGAGGAUGCCAUUCUUGACAACGACGCAGCUUGCUAGCUUAGCUUAGCUACUUUAUUGCGAUGAAGUACAAAACGCGUCUCAAGAAGAUGACGUAGACGGGCUGCGAACUCGCGUUCAAACUGUGCGUUGAAGAACUAUCGCGAGAUUUGCCGUUAGCUCAGAGGGUUUAUUGUACCGUCCAGUCGUCCGCCUGAAUUUUGCCGCAAAGCAAACGGAAUCGAUCCCGUACAGCGUAAAUCAAAGGAGCGACAACGAUGUAGUCUGUCAUUCGUUUUAAUUCUUAUCUGUGUGUUGAUUUAGCGCGUGCGUGUGUGUGUGUUCUGUGAUGUUUAGCAUUAUUUUCUGAUUUCAUCGCCGCACCCUCCAUACUCAUUAUUUUUAUUGUGGGCUAGCUAGCUUUAAGCUAAGCUAACUGUGGGGCAGCAGGUGUAACGUUAUUUGAAUAACGGAGAGCAACCAACUAGCUACUGGAAACCAUCACUGUUGUCUUUAAAUUCCUUAAGAAGCUUAUUUUAAAAAUCUAAUUUGAUUCCGAUUUAUGCAACAUCUUACACCAGAGUGUAAGUUAGCGCAAUAACGUUAUUUAGAUAACGUUACGGUCGUCGUCAUGACGGGUGAGAAGAUACGCACCCUUCGAAAGGACCACAACAAACCAAACAAGAAUGAGGAGAUAAUGGACACGUGCGAGGAGUCCUCUAACGGGACCAUCCCUAACGGGACCGGGAACCACUUCAAAUCCAACAAGGUGUAUCAGAAAGCUGUCAAAACCUCAGCACAGCAGCACAAUGAAAACAACAUCAACGGGAAUCCCUCGCCCAUUGACACCAUUGUCAACAAUACCGACGACAACAAGAACCCAAUAAUCCUGACGAGUGAGGACCUGGAGUUCCCUGUUCACGAGUGCGUGUUUAAAGGAGAUGUGCGUCGGCUCUCCUCUCUCAUCAGGACCCACAGCAUCUCUCAGAAAGAUGUACACGGUAACACGCCACUUCACCUGGCUGUGAUGAUGGGCCACAAAGAGUGUGCCCUCCUCCUACUGGCCCAUAACGCUCCCGUAAAGAUAAAGAAUGCCCAGGGAUGGAGCCCUCUAGCAGAGGCCAUCAGCUACGGCGACAGGCAAAUGAUCACAGCAAUUCUGCGGAAGUUGAAGCAGCAAUCCAGGGAGAGCGUGGAGGACAAGAGGCCAAAGUUACUGAACGCUCUCAAGGAGCUUGGUGACUUUUAUCUGGAGCUGCAUUGGGACUUUCAGAGCUGGGUGCCUUUGCUGUCCCGGAUGCUGCCGUCUGAUGCCUGUAAAAUCUACAAGCAGGGGCUUAACAUCAGGCUCGACACCACUCUCAUAGACUUCACUGAUAUGAAGUGUCAGCGCGGAGAUCUCAGCUUCAUUUUCAACGGCGAGGCCGCUUCCGCCCAGACUUUCGUGGUUCUGGACAAUGAAGCAAAAGUGUACCAAAGAAUACACCACGAGGAGUCCGAGAUGGAGACCGAAGAGGAGGUGGAUAUUCUGAUGAGCAGCGACGUCUACUCGGCGACUCUGUCCACCAAGUCCAUCAGCUUCUCACGCAGUCAGAUCGGCUGGCUGUUCAGAGAGGAUAAAACGGAGAAGAUCGGAAACUUCCUGGCUGACUUCUACUCGGUGAACGGUCUGGUGCUGGAGUCACGGAAGCGGCGAGAACACCUGAGCGAGGAGGACAUCCUGAGGAACAAAGCCAUCAUGGAGAGCUUGAGUAAAGGAGGCAGCAUCAGUGAACAGAACUUUGAGCCGGUGAGACGGCAGUCCCUCACAGCUCCAGACCCCAAUACUAUUUCAUGGGAAGAGUACAUCGCUGCAGAGCAGGGGAAGCCACCUCAUCUUGGUAGAGAGCUCGUGUGUAAAGAAAGCAAGAAGAACUUCAAAGCUACUGUAGCCAUGAGCCAGGACUUCCCUCUAGGCAUCGAGUCGUUACUAAACGUGCUGGAGGUCAUAGCCCCGUUCAAGCACUUCAACAAACUCCGGGAGUUCGUUCAGAUGAAGCUUCCACCGGGGUUUCCCGUCAAACUGGACAUCCCCGUCUUCCCCACGAUCACGGCUACCGUCACUUUUCAGGAAUUCCGCUACGACGUAUUUGAAGAGUCUACUUUCUUCAUCCCGGCCGAAUACAAAGAAGAUCCCAGUCGCUUCCCCGACCUCUGACCUGUAAACACAUCUGACACAAACAGGAAGUGACCGGCGAGCUUAUCUGUAUUUGAGAGGUGGUGAAACAAAGAGGAAUCCUGUAUUUUCUCUCUCUCUCUCUCUCUCUCUCUCUCUCUCUCUCUCUCUCUCUCUUAAAAAAAAAAAAAAAAACUGGUUUUAUUGAUCAGUUAUUGUUCAUUUUUGCUGAUGGAUCCAAAGCGAAUCGAUGCAAACGGAUGUUACAGAGCGCUAUCUGACGUAUAGAUGCGUAUCAGCAGUUCUUAGUGAAAUGAGUGAUAAGCUUUCAUUGUACUCACUGUUCACCUGAGCCGUACCACAUGCUGCUCUGUGCUGCUGCUGUUUCCUGUGAACGCUGUCGGAAGACACGGCCUGGACUCUUCAUCAUCAUCCCUAUUUUAAUAUCUGUUAUCUUCAAUUCUCAUCCUUAACUGCACUGACAACGUCAUCUGUAAAUGUACAUCUCAUCUGUAAUUCAUAAGAAGAAAAUAUCGCUAUAAUCCUCAAACAGCUUAAUAUUCAUUUAUAAAUGAUGUACUAUAUAUAUAUAUAAGGAGUGAAACACUGUGUAGCAAUACAUUUCCAAGAAUGUUUUUAACCAUCUGGGAGAAGGUUCAGCAUAGAAACACAACAGUUCGAUAUCUCCGCCUUCUUUCCCCGUGCAGGACGCGACCUGCUGCGUUUUCAGGUCCGCUCACGUUACCUCUCGGCUGUCACCGUGUCUGUCAUCUUAUGAAGUCUGUGCUCGGUGUGCGUGGAUCAUUGUCGUAUGUGUGUGUGUGUGUGUGUGUGUGGAGAACCCAGAUGGGACAUCAGGUAAACUGUUUAGUUCUUAAUACUGCACUGAUAUUAAGUAUAUUUAAGGCAUGCUAUGGCUGCGUCGGCCUACUGGUUCACAUGCAUCUGUCAGCUGUAUUCUGAGCGUUUCUCAUAUUACCUGCAGAUUUAUUAAGAUUAAGGAAUAAACUAACACUAACACUUUGGAACACCUUGUGCUUAUAAAGUCUCUCCUUGAUGGCAGUCUGCUCAUAUUUCUCCCGUUUCUUUUUAAAUCCAAGGCGAGUAAACUAAAGUUGAUAUUGCUGGAAAUAAUCUGCAUUGAGUUGACUCUAGCUUCAGUUUACAUGUACUGCAACCAUACCUACUUCACUUCCCUUUAAAUAAAGCACCAGCAUCAUGUUUCAA